GUACGUAGAAUUCCUUUGUGUCUUUUCUUUUCCUGGUAAAUGCUAGGGCGUGGUAAAGCCCAUUCACACGCGUCUUGGUGACAUUGAUCAACAGUAUGAAGUAUGAUGGAGGCGUCUGCUGUGUGGUUCAUCACUCUCCAUUUCUUGUCAAUGGUAACGAUCACAUACAUGUCAGUUAACAUGAGCCGUAAUCCAAAUGUUAAAACAACAAAUCAAAGUUCAACUUUUAAUGGAGCAACAGGCAGCAGUAAAGCCGUGGAUGGCUGUACUAAACAAUCCCUUUCUAGUGGAUGUUGUUUACAUACAGCAUUACAAUUGAAGACGGCGUUCUGGCAAAUAGAUUUACAGGGACAAGUCGUCAUGGAAUCCGUCAAAAUAUACUUCAGAGAUGAAGAAUACAUACAGAAAAAGCGAUCCGGUGGCUAUCAAAUCUAUGGAUCAAAUACGACAUUCUGGAGAAGAGGUUUUCUCUGUCAUAUCGACACCACUGCUACCCCUGAUAGAAUGGAUUUGACCCCAAGCAUCAGUUGUAAAGGAACCAUUCGAUACCUAACAAUCUUUAUAGAUCGCUCAAAGACUACAACCUACACCUGGUACUCUUUUUAUGCUGUGAUGGAGAUUUGUGAGGUCGAAGUUUACGGUAUGUAUAAAGAUAUUUUGAUACGUAAUAUUUAGGGGAGUCACAAUACAUCAAGAGUGUAUCACGAU